AUGCAAUGUUUCAUAUGUCUUCUUGUCUCUACUACAAUAUCUCACUGGUCAUUGACUAACUUUAUUUUCCUUUCACAUUUGCGACUACUGAAUCUAUUUGAGAAUCCAACCCUACUUUGUUUGUCUGUUGCAAAUAUCCCAUUGUUUCUUUUGCCAUAUCUGACUACCAGGCAUGGCCCAUUACCAAUUCCUUUGUCACUUCUUUCUUCUAAUUUCUUUCUUUCUGACACAUUCUUCUCUUUAGACGAUUCCUUUGCAUCUGUCAUUUGCUUCUACCUCUUCCCCUGUUAUUUGCGUCUACAUCUACCUGACAUUUCUCUCAAUUAUUUGAAAUGUCAUUUGUGUCUACCGCUUCCCUUUUCAUUUGUGUCUACCGCCUCCCUUUUCAUUUGUGUCUACCUCUUCACCCAUCAUUUGCGUCUACUUCUUGGCUCUGUCAUUUGCCUCUAUUUCUACCCUGUCAUUUCUGUCUAUUAUUUCAAAUGUCAUUUGUGUCUACCACUUCCCUCUGUCAUUUGUGUCUACCACUUCCCUCUGUCAUUUGUGUCUACCACUUCCCUCUGUCAUUUGUGUCUACCACUUCCCUCUGUCAUUUGCGUCUACAUCUUCCCCUGUUAUUUGCCCCGACAUCUACCUGACAUUUCUCUCAAUUAUUUGAAAUGUCAUUUGCGUCUACCUCUUCCCCCGUCAUUUGCGUCUACUUCUUACCCCUGUCAUUUGCGUCUACUUCUUACCCCUGUCAUUUGCGUCUACUCCUUCCUCCUGUCAUUUGCGUCUCCCCCUUCCCCCUGUCAUUUGCGUCUCCCCCUUCCCUCUGUCAUUUGCGUCUACGUCUUCCCCUUCUGCGAUUCUGCCGACAUUUGUGUGAACUCUGCGUUUCUCUUUUCAUUUGUGUAUACUCUCAGUUUCUCUUUUCAUUUGUGUAUACUCUCCGUUUUUCUUUUCAUUUGUGUAUACUCUCUGUUUCUCUUUUCAUUUGAGUAUACUCUCUGUUUCUCUUUUCAUUUGAUAUACUCUCCGUUUUCUUCUGUCAUUUGUGUGUACUCUCCAUUUCUUCUGUCAUUUUGUGUACUCUCCGUUUCUCCUGUCAUUUGUGUGUACUCUGCGUUUCUUCUGUCAUUUUGUGUACUCUCCAUUUCUCCUGUCAUUUGUGUGUUCUCUCCAUUUCUCCUGUCUAUUGUGUGUACUCUGCGUUUCUCCUGUCAUUUUGUGUACUCUGCGUUUCUUCGGUCAUUUGUCCAUUUCUUCUCAUUUUGUUUCUUCUGUCAUUUGUGUGUACUCACAGUUUCUUCUGUCAUUUGUGUGUACUCUCCGUUUCUCCUUUCAUUUGUGUGUUCUCUCCGUUUUUCUGUCAUUUUGUGUACUCUCCGUUUCUCUUUUCAUUUAUUUAAACUCUCCGUUUAUCUUUUCAUUUGUGUAUACUCUCCGUUUCUUCUUUCAUUUGUGUAUACUCUCCGUUUCUCCUGUCAGUGUAAUUUGCAUUUCUCCUGUCAUUUGUGUACUCUCCAUUUCUCCCUGUCAUUUUGUGUACUCUGCAUUUCUACUGUCAUUUUGUGUGUACUCUGCAGUUUUCUCCUGUCAUUUGUGUGUACUCUGCGUUUCUCCUGUCAUUUGUGUGUACUCUGCGUUUCUCCUAUCAUUUGUGUGUACUCUCCAUUUCAUCUGUCAUUUGUGUAUACUCUCUGUUUCUUCUGUCAUUUUGUGUACUCUCCAUUUAUUCUGUCAUUUGUGUGUUCUCCGUUUUCUUCUUUCAUUUUGUAUAAUCUCCGUUUCUUCUUUCAUUUGUGUACUUCCGUUUUUUUUUUCAUUUGUGUAUACUCUUCGUUUCUUCUUUCAUUUUGUGUACUCUCCGUUUCUCCUGUCAUUUUGUGUACUCUGCGUUUCUCCUGUCAUUUUGUGUGUACUCUAUGUUUCUCCUGUCAUUUGUUUCUCCUGUCAUUUGCCUGUACUCUCCAUUUCUCCUGUCAUUUGUGUGUACUCUCCGUUUCUUCUGUCAUUUGUGUGUAUUCUCCGUUUUCUUCUGUCAUUUGUGUACUCCGUUUCUCCUUUCAUUUGUGUAUAAUCUCAUUUUUUUUCUUUCAUUUUGUUUAUAAUCUCCGUUUUUUUCUUUUCAUUUGUGUAUACUCUCCGUUUUUUUCUUUUCAUUUGUGUGUUUCUCUGUUUCUCUUUUCAUUUGUGUGUACUCUCAGUUUCUUCUGUUUUUUGUGUGUACUCUGUUUCUCCUGUCAUUUGUGUGUACUCUCCGUUUCUUCUGUCAUUUGUGUGUACUCUGCGUUUCUCCUGUCAUUUGUGUGUACUCUCCGUUUCUCCUGUCAUUUGUGUGUACUCUCCGUUUCUCCUGUCAUUUGUGUGUACUCUCCGUUUCUGCUGUCAUUUGUGUGUACUCUCGGUUUCUGCUGUCAUUUGUGUGUUCUCUCAAUUUCUCUUAUCAUUUGUGUAUAUUCUCUUUUCUCCUGUCAUUUGUGUUACUCUCCUUUUUCUCCUGUCAGUUGUGUGUACUCUGCGUUUCUUCCUGUCAUUUGUGUGUACUCUCCGUUUCUUCUUUCAUUUUUGUAUAAUCUCCGUUUUCUUCUUUUCAUUUGUGUAUACUCUCCGUUUCUUCUGUCAUUGUGUGUACUUCUGUUUCUUCUUUCAUUUGUGUGUACUCUCCAUUUUCUUCCAUCAUUUGUGCUCUUUAUUUGUUUCAUGUGUCAUUUGUCUCCAUUUUUUGUUACAUGUAUCAUUUUGUCUCAUGAUUGUUUUUAUCGUUUCUGUUUCUCUGUGUCUUUUGUCAUUUACUCUACAAGAAACAUUUGUGUGUACUCUCCGUUUCUCCUGUCAUUUGUGUGUACUCUCCGUUUCUCCUGUCAUUUGUGUGUACUCUCCGUUUCUGCUGUCAUUUGUGUGUACUCUCCGUUUCUGCCGUCAUUUGUGUGUACUCUCCGUUUCUCUUUUCAUUUGUGUAUACUCUCCGUUUCUCUUUUCAUUUGUGUGUACUCUCCGUUUCUCUUUUCAUUUGUGUAUACUUUUUAUUUCUCUAUUCAUUUUGUGUACUCUGCAUUUCUCUCUGUCAUUUGUGUACUCUCCGUUUCUUCGGUCAUUUGUCUGUUCUCUUUUUUUUCAGUCAUUUUGUGUGUAUUUCUCUGUUUCUUCUGUCAUUCGUAUACUCUGCAUUUCUCCUGUCAUUUGUGUAUUUCUCCAUUUUUCUUUUCAUUUGUUUAUAAUCUCCGUUUUUCUUUUCAUUUUGUGUAUAACUCUCAUUUUUCUUUUUCAUUUGUGUAUACUCUCCACGUUUCUUUGUCAUUUGUGUGUACUCUCCGUUUCUCCUGUCAUUUUGUGUACUCUGUUUCUCCUUUCUCUCCAUUUCUUCUGUCAUUUUGUGUUCUCUCCAUUUCUUCUGUCAUUUGUAACACUCUCCGUUUUCUCCUGUCAUUGCGUGUACUCUCCAUUUCUUCUCAUUGUAUAUUCUCUCCAUUUCUUGUCAUUUUGUAUUCUCCAUUUCUCUUUUUCAUUUGUGUAUUCUCUCCAUUUCUUCUAUCAUUUGUAUGUUACUCUCCAUUUCUCCCUAUCAUUUUAUGUGUACUCAUUUCUUCUAUUAUUCAUGUGUACUCUCCAUUUCUUCUGUCAUUUUCCAUUUUCUCCCUUUCAUUUGUGUAUAAUCUCCAUUUUUCUUUUCAUUUGUAUACUCUCUCCAUUUUUCUUUCAUUUGUGUGUACUCUCCAUUUUUCUUUUCAUUUGUAUACUCUCCAUUUCUCUUUUCAUUUGUGUAUACUCUUCGUUUUCUCUUUUCAUUUGUGUAUACUCUCCCAAAUUUGUGUAGUUACUCUCCAUUUCUUCUUUUUCAAUCCAUUAUACUCUCUUUUCAUUUUUUUCAUUUGUGUAUACUCUCCAUUUCUUUUUCAUUUGUGUGUACUCUCCGUUUCUCUUUUCAAUUUGUGUGUACUCUCCAUUUCUCUCUGUCAUUUUGUGUACUCUCCGUUUCUCUUUGUACUUCUGAAUUUUUUCUCUAAUAUCGUUUUCCUCGUGAUAUUUGUCUCUUCUAUCUAUUUCCUCUUACCUGUGUGUCUCGUGUCUGUCUACUCUGCCGUGCGCCUCUCGUGUCUGUCUACUCUGCCGUGCGCCUCUCGUGUCUGUCUACUCUGCCGUGCGCGUCUCGUGUCUGUCUACUCUGCCCUGCUCGUGUCUGUCUACUCUGCCCUGCGCGUCUCGUGUCUGUCUACUCUGCCGUGCGCCUCUCGUGUCUGUCUACUCUGCCGUGCGCCUCUCGUGUUUGUCUACUCUGCCAUGCGCGUCUCGUGUCUUUUCUACUCUGCCAUGCGUGUUCCCUACCUCUCUAAUCUUACUUGCUCUCUUCUAUCUAUUUCCUCAAACAUAUGUCUCCCGUAUCUGUCUGGUCUGACGUGUAUGCGUCUCUCGUAUCCGUCUCCUGUGUGUACUUUCUUUCUCCUGUUAUUUGUGUGUACUCUCUGUUUAUUCUCUCAUUUGUGUCGACUCUGCGUUCAUUUUUCCUGUAAUUUUUGUGUACUCUCUAUUUCUUCUCUCUCUUCUGUCGUUUUGCUUGUACUCAGUUUUUUUCUGUCGUUUGACGUUGCUCUUCUGUUAUGUGUCUCUACACUGAUUCUGCUUUCAUUUAUGGAUGCUCUAUUUCUUCUCUUAUUUGCGUCUACUCACUUUUCUUCUGGCAUUUCUGUGUAG